AUGACCGCGCACGCGCCUCUGAGGAGGAGACUCAGGCGUGGUCGCCUCCUCUUCUUCGUCUCAGGUGUGCUGCUGUGUCUCAUCUACACUCUGACCCUGAAGGCCAGGCUGCAGGAGCCGCCGGCCUCCCUGCAUACAGGAAAUGAUGUCAUGGAGGUCAACAUCAGGAAGGCGAGGGCGUCCAAUGAGACGGAGGAGCCGGAGAGCUCCAAACCUCCUGUGGUGUUCGUGGUGAACAGGACAGAUAUCGAACAGUGUAUCUACGUAGAUCCUCAACCUCCACCUCCUCCAACCACUCCUCCCCCUCCCCCUCCGCCAUUCAAGCGCCCCCGCAGGAAGGGAGACUAUCCUGAGGACCUCUUCACAGUGGAGCAGCGUCAGCAAGGCUGGGUGGCUCUUCAUAUUGUAGGUAUGGUCUACAUGUUUGCAGCUCUCGCCAUCGUCUGUGAUGAGUUCUUCGUCCCCGCCCUGGAGGUCAUCACCAACAGGCUCGAGAUCUCUGAUGAUGUCGCCGGGGCCACCUUCAUGGCGGCCGGAGGAUCCGCCCCUGAGCUCUUCACCUCCCUGAUCGGAGUCUUCAUCUCCCGCAGCAACGUGGGCAUCGGCACCAUCGUGGGCUCGGCGGUCUUCAACAUCCUCUUCGUGAUCGGGAUGUGCGCCAUCUUCUCCAGGGAGAUGCUGCACCUGACGUGGUGGCCGCUCUUCAGAGACGUCACCUUCUACAUCCUGGACCUGAUCAUGCUCAUCGUCUUCUUCCUGGACAACAAGAUCCUGUGGUGGGAGAGCAUCCUGCUGCUGUGCGGCUACAUCAGCUACGUCAGCUUCAUGAAGUUCAACAGUCAGAUCGAGAGGGCGGUCAAGACGCAGAUCAACAAACACGUGAGCAUCGUCAAAGUGUGGACCGCCGAGGAGCCCGAGAAGGUCAGUCAGACACAAUGUCAGCAGCUACAGAAGAGAUCACACAGUUUUCAUCAGUCUGUGUCCGUUAAAAACCAAAAACAGAUCAGAACUUCUGCAUCAGGGUUUCAUCAGCUUCAUCAGAAAGUCUGUUGACAUGUUUCAGAUCAGAGUUAUCUGCCUGAAAUUCCUCUAAACUGCCCAUAUUUGACAAAAACUUUAAAGUCAGUUCGUAAAAUUAAUCUGUAAAAACGUAACCUUACAGUUCAUCAAAACAGUCAAAGUCCAGAGUGUCUGAUUUCUGUUUUUUCUCAGUUACCUCUGACGGUGUACUGCACCUUUAAAAUUGUGGAUUAUUGUUAAAUCAAAAAAAGUCAUUUUAAUUGACCAAUAAUUCAAAUAAAUCCUCAAAAUUUGUCAUGAUUAGAAGUAUUUUGUUUGCAUAAAUAUCUCAAAAUUAGAUUUAUAGACAGUUAACAGCAUGAUGUAAAGUUUCUACUCUUCUAUGUUGUGCUGUGUAUAAGAUCAUCCCGAUUAUAUUUAAAACACGGCUAAAGCUCUCGACUCUGACCCACAUGUUAGGGGGAUUUUUGUAAAAAUCCUGUCAACUUUUUCCAGCUUGUUUUAUCUCCUCUUUUAUUCGUGCUCCUGCUGGUGUUGUUCUCCUCUUUUGUGCGGUAAAGGUAGUUUGGAAAACUCACAAAAAUUAUCCUCCUCAAAAAUAAUAAGAUCUGAAAAAAAUAAUUCAAGUUUGAGUUACUGAGCAGCCGCUGCAGAAAUGUUGUGUACAGUGGCCUGGAAGUGUCAUAUUCAAAAUACUUUGCAAAGGAAAAAAAAACACAAAUGCAGUCAGCCACAACAUGAGCACAAAUAACAACAACGUAAGUUAGUAAUCUUCCAGCUGAAUCAGAAAUCAGAAAUUCCUCUCCGAUACCGAUACUGAUUAUUAGGGGGGAAAAAAUCCGAUUACAGAUUAAUCGGACGAUUUUUUUUAAUUUUUUUUAUGAAGUUACAAAAAAUAUGUAUACUUCAGUAUACUAUAUACUGUAGAUAUACUGUAGACUACUGCUUUUCACACCAACAAGAAGAACGACUGAUCAAACUCGGACCAGAAAAGCGUUUUCAACAAGCCCUUCUGGUGUCAUUUUUUGUGUUGUAGCCGUUUGUAUUUGUGUUUUUUUCUUUUGCAAACGUUUUGAAUGUGUGAAUUUCCUGACAUUUCCCGAUCACUGUAGUCGUGUCCACAGAGUCGACAUAAACCAAAAAAAUCCUCACUGGAGCUUUAAGUUGAUGCAACACUACAGACGUACAUGAGCUGCUGCAAUCAGUUAAAGCUGCUGCAAGUGACUUUUGGUUUGCACUGACUUUGGCGCCCCCCAGUGGACAGAGGGAAACUUCCUUUACCCUUAUCCUGUAUGUGUCUCACAGCGUCUUUAAUGCCAAUAUGUUUGCAGACAGUCAUACUAAUGUGUUUCCUUUCUUGAGAGAAUAGAAGAUUAAUUCAUGGACACGUGUGUCUCUGCAGCAGGUGAUACCUGACAGACUUCAUCUCUGCACACAGGACGCUUUUGUUUCCUUUCAUGUGCUCACAGUUGGGACGGCUGCUGCCUGCUCACUCGCUCGCUUACAGAGAGACAGGGAGAGAGAGAGAGGGACAGUGAUUUGUGGGUCUGAACAGGUGACAGUCUGUUUGUGUGAGAGCCUUUGAUGAUGCUGAACAGAGAGGACUCCAGGUGUCAGUGUGGUGAGGCUGAAACGUCACAGCUCGGAAACAACAACGUGAGGACAAAAACAAAAAAGACUGAUAAUAACUGAAGCUUGAUUUUCUGCAGACUGAACAUCCUGCUGCACAGAGAGCAGGAAAUGUGCGGGUCUGUGAUUAACAUUCAGCUCUGAGUGUUUCAGAGACGUUCUUCAAUUAUAUGUGUGCAAAGCGUGAGUGCGGACGGUUUCUCCUUGAGUUCGACGAGGCGUGCCGACACAUUUAUAACGAGUCAGAAUCAGUGUGAUCAAAAUAUCCUCUUCCAAGAAUCCACCCUGCUUUUUUUCAUUCAUUAAUACAACAUGUGUUUCAGUUUUGCACAUAUUUGGAGUGUAUCUCUGAGGAAGACUACCUGUCGAACAAAACAAAAACACAGUGAUGGAAAAAAGAGCACCACCUUUUUAUUUCUGCUGCUCUCUUGGUGAAAAUUGCUCGACUUUUUGCGACUUUGCUGAGCUCAUCAUUCGCCACGUUUACAUGUGCAAAAAUUUGAGGGAUCUGAAAAUCUGAAUCCAAUGUUUUUAUGGGCGCAAAAUCAAAUGAUCUGAUCAUGACGUGCGUAUUCAUACACCAAGUUUUAUUCAGAUUAGAAGCAUUUGGACAUGCGCAGAUUUGUCUGAUUUUACUUAAACAACCGCAGAAGAAGAAGAGUUGUAUCUACGCCUGUGCUUUCAACAAACCAACAAACGUGGUAGUGGCUCACUCCAUCAUAUUCAGGUUGUCACUAGAUGGCGCCCUUGCUUACUUAUUUUACUGUUCUGUCAAAAGUUGCUCUGUGCGUGCAGAUGUGAUAUCAUUACGCUGUUUGUACGCCUUGUUAUGUUAUCGAAGGAGCAGACACGACACCUGUGGUUGUGUUAAUAAUGAAACGUCCUGUUCUGACGUCAAUAAAUAAGCCAAAGGCUAAAGAGUGAAGACCAAGUCAGGUUAGAGAGUCACGAUCAGAAUAAGUGUUUACAUGGACGCGUUUCGGAAUAACAAUCGGCAUAAACCAGCCCUCUCGAUCAGAAUACAAUUUCUUUCCGAUUAAGCCGAAUCGGAUCAGAAUCUUCCGAUCAACAUGUUAACAUGACGCAUUAUUAUUCCGAUCAGGCCUUUAUUCCGAUUAUUUGUGCCUAUGUAAACACAAUCAUGAUUUGACACAUCUUAAAACCUAGAAAAACUCUGAAUUCUAAGCGGAAAAACUCGUGUUUUAGCCACCAGAUAGAAUAACAGAUUUAACUCUGAGUAUUUUUUCAGUGUUUUUGCAUUGAAGCUCUUUCACUUUAAAUAUAAUUUGCAGUAUGUAAAGUCAGGAUGCAGUAGUAAUGAAAACAUCGACUCUAAGGCUGAAGCUGCUGCCUGAUGGGCUUGUUUGCUGAUCAUGACAAAUGCACUCUGUACAUACUGUCCUGCUGGAGCGAUCAGAUUACUGCUCAGUCCUUUGUCAGGUCCACACAAGCUGAGCUCUUCACUUUACUGUAAUCUGCUCAUCUGAGACCCACCAGUGUUUUAAGAGCAGGGUGCAUGUAUGUCAGUUUUCACUCCAACUCCAAGUAAGAGUGAUCAGAUACAGAAGACUGCAGGGAAAAGUCAGGAAAACUCACAGCCAACGUGGGGGAGAUGAAAUUUAAAUCAUGUGAUGUAAAUGUUUACAGUUUUCUGAUCAUCUGUCUUUCACUUGGUGCACGAUACAGUGAUGUCCAGUACAUCCAACUGUUUGUAUUUACUGACUUUACAGGAGAGUGAAGCUCCAUCAGCACCUCCUCCUCCUCCUCCUCCUCCUGCUCCUCCUGCUGCUCCAGCAGAGGAUCAACCCAAACAAGAGUCUGAACCUCCUCCGAUCACCCCGCAGUUCAACAGACAUCCACAGGAGGACAGAGCAAAACUCAGGGUACUGAGAGUGGAAGUUUUUAUCAGAACAAGAGUUUGACUUUAUUUUACUCUGAUCAUUUCUCAUGUGAGAUGGUUUUAUUGUUUAGUUUACAUAUUGGUUAUUAGUUAGAUAACUUCGGGUUUUGUUUCUUGCCUUAAAAUUUUUUAAACUUUAAAGUUAUUGCUGUCGACUGAUCUCAGAGUCUGUGUCCACUCUCCCGUAGGUUCGUCCCGUCCUGCAGCGAGGCGGCAGCACAGCCUCUCUCCAUAACACCUCGCUGAGGAGCACCAUCUUCCAGCUGAUGAUCCACACGCUGGACCCUCUGGGAGAAGGUAAAAACCACAGACAGCAUCACUGAACCAAAUCGAGUUAAACGUAUUGAAAAAGCACAAAACAGGCACGAGGAAGAAAAAUGUCGACUAUUCCAGGCUGUUGGAGCAAAAAUGUCCCUCUUGGCCCACCGUAACAGCUUGGGAGAUACAUUUUUAUUUUAGAAGCUCCAAUGGGAUGCUUCUCCUAAUUUUUAUCGAACAUGCGUGUGCAACACAAAAAAAUAAACUGAAAACAAACAAAACCAAUGAGAAAAUUUGAAACAACAAUAACAAUAAUCAAAGCAAAAAAACUAAUAAAAAUAAAGAUCCGCUUUGUGCAGAUGAUGUGGUACUUCUAGCUUCGUCGAGCAGUGACCUUCAGCUCUUGCUCGGGCGGUUAGCGGCCGAGUGUGAAGCGGCAAAAGGUCGGAAAAAGGAAGAUUGUUUUCUCCAGGUCGGAGGGGCGGUCCUGCCUCAAGUGGAGGAGUUCAGGUAUCUCGGGAUCUUGAUGACUAAUCUUUCUCUGAAUGGACGUCUCGAGGAGUCGUAGUGAAGCUGCUGUGACUCAUUUCCAGAGUAACACGAUGACCUUCAGCCUCCUUCGUUCAGACCGUCCACGAUCGUCCCUCGCCCUCGCAGCACUCGGCCACCGCUGAGCCUUAAUCAGCUUUUAAAUACACGCUAAUAAAAGCUGGAUCAGAGCCAGCAUGCUAACAGAACAAGAUUACAGGGAGGGGGUCAGCGGGACGGACCCGGGCCUGAGGAGAGCGGGCGAUCAUUAGUCUUCGGUUUUAAUCUGACAUGACAUAUCUGACAUGCAAUGUAAGGCACACUGGGGUAAUUAUAUAAAAAAGGUAUUAAUGCGACUCAGGAGUUGAAAUUUCUGCUGUGGGUUUCCAUCCUAGAGUCAGCGCUAAGAGGGGCGCAGAAAACCCCAGGUCCGAGGAAAACCAGGAGAGGUAAGAGCAGGAAGAAGGUUCGGCUUGAUGGUUUUAGGAGUUUUUGUAUUUAGUUGCAUGAAACUAAAGUUGUCAUGGAGGCCGAUGAGACAGAUGUUGUCGUGUUUGAAUCUCUACCAAUCAGAGACGUCUUUUAAUGGUGAUGUCAGAGGGGAGGGGUCAGGACAGAGGAAAGGUAAGCUGCUGCUUUUGUGUUGUUGUUGUUGUCGUUGUUGUUGUUGUGCGUAAACUCGUUGCAGAUGGUCGUGGUGUUUCAUAUUUGAUGGCUGUUUUCCGUUGUCGGACGUUGCUGCCAGUUUUUGUGUGUUCGCCUCCAGUUUGUUUGUGUCUUGUUGUCGAAGUUUUUCACACACUGGCUAUUUAAGUUUGACUGCUUAUAUUUCAUUUGACACAGAAAUUAAAGAAUGGCAGUGAUACAGUAAUACAAGGAGUAGGGCUGCACGAUAUGACCAAAAAUAAAAUCCAGAUUUUUUUUUCUCUGAAACUCGAUUUUUGAUUUUUUUAUUCAGUGACAACUUCACCAAACUUCACUUUAAAAAUGAAGUUUUUCUAUCAUCUCUCAAAAUGAAUCGAAAACGAUGUAGUGCAUAUGCCAAGCCAGUAAGUGGCGCUGUAACGCUGCACAGGAAAUGCACAAAAGACAGAAGAAGAGUACAGAACAUGUGUAUAAAGGUUGUUUUGGUCGGACACAUUCAGGCGCCAUAAAAGAGUUACGCUGUGUGUCACAUGAUCGUUUCUAGAUAUGCAGAUAGACAUCCACACGGAGAUGAAAUGGUCGUCGUUUACAGAUUUAUUCACUCUCUGACCUGUUUUCAAAAAGUACCGUUUACAGUCACCUGAAACGCCGUUUCCGUGUGGAUGAAACGCUGAUACGACAAAAAACUUUUGCGUUUACUCCUGAAUUCGUUUCCAUGGUGACGGGUUGAUACCGCCUUCAGACAGACUUUGCAGUGGGGAGUGGUUUACUCUUCAUCUGAAACUGUGAAGUCGGACCAAUUCAACACGACUGACUCGCUCUUGUCCUAUUUAACCACGAAAUUAUCGCCUUCUUUUGCAAACGCCAUGUUUGUUUACACUGGUGUGUGUGGGAACUGGGGGAGCCUGCGGUGGCCUGGAGGCACGAUCAGAAAAAACAAUUUGACGAUUUAAAUUUUUUUAAUAUCUUCAUAACUAAAUGAUUGAAUUACGAUUUAAAAUCGAUUUAUCGUGCAGCCCUAACAACGAGAUCCCAGCCUGUUUAGCAGCAAUGUGGCCGCUCUUUAGCAGAGCUCUGGAUAAAGACCUUUUAUGGUUUCAGUCUUAAUAAAGCAGCUCUACUAAACGGCCAGUGUGUGUUUGAGUGUGAGGUCUGCUCACAGACGAGGUGUUUUUGGAUGAUUAUAAAAAGGUUCAUGUUUACUGGGCGAUGAUUCUCUUAAUUGCAGCAAAGAACAAAGUCAAACCUCUGAACGCCCCUGUCUCUGGGAAAACACAGAGCAAGUCUCAUCACUACCACCCUGAAGGUGAGUCAAGAUUACUUCAAGAUACAAGAUGACUCAUUAGGAUCAGUUUAGGAUCGGUUUUUGUGAACCAAGAAACAAAAUGUACGUUACAGUCAAAUCCAGAGGAGCUGCAGACCCUAAAAGACUGUUGGUGUUUUGAUCAUCAGAGUCGGUUUUAAGGGUCAAAGAGUUUUUUUCUGCAAUCAGCGCAGACUUUCUGUCGGCGUGGUUGUGCGUCACAGCGUGUAGUGAUUAGGUCCUUCAGACCCCGAGGUUUGCAGUAAAGUGGGACUGCAGGCUGUCUGGAGAGGCCUGAAGGAUCCUGAACCAAUCAGAGGGAGGAUUAACAUGCAGAUGGGUCUGUGUUUGUGAGUGGGUGUGUUUCCCCUCUUUGUUGAAGCAUGUUUAUCUGCAAACACUCCAAUCAUUCGCAUCAUCAGCUCUUCAAGAAUCAUUUCAUCAGAUCAAAAGUAAAAAUAUAUUUUUACCUAAAAUAUGAGAAAAAAAGACUUUUAGUCAGUAAAACUAAAAACAUGAUGGAUUUAAAGAAACAUCUUCAGGUGGUUUUCAGUCUUUGGUUUGUUGGUUCAUUAUUUAGUAUGUGUUGAGGUCCUCUGGUGGGCUGUGACGGUACUGCAGGUCAUCCUAGAGUUCAAUAAUCCAUGUUGCUGAUUUGCAGUCUGUGCAGUUUUUGAAACUCUUAGCAGGGAUUUACAAACGGUUUCUUUCAGAGGAGUGGACCAUUCUUACGGGACCCAAAUCUACAAAGUUCAAUAAUUGGAUUUAAAGGAAGAUUUAACGCUGCACUGUGUUUCGAAUGGAACUUUUAGCAGGUUUCUCUGUGUGAGGAUGUUUUUUUUGGGUGAUUUUUACAUCUUACAGUUUCCCUUUUUGCUCAUUUUUUGGUGCUAUGAAAGGACCAAUUUCAUCCCUUUUUUUUUGGUCAAUGAAAUGAAGUUGUUUUUUUAGGUGCUCCAUUUUAGUUACACAUAAGAAGAGGAAGAAUCGACUGUGAUGUGCCCUAGUUUUUCCUGCUGCUGUUUAUUCUUGUCUAGAGUGAGAAGUGACUGAAUUCAGACCAUAAGGUGGCGCUAGAGAGGCGCCUGUUCUGCAAGCAUCGAUGGAAAGACACAUCUGUAUUAGCUUAAAGUCACUCCAUUAAUCGGGAUGAUGAUGGUGAACACAGAAACUCUUAUUUCAGGUGUCUGUCAGAGACUUAUGAGUCAAAAAUUGUCCACUACCUCCUCUGAUUUAAUCUUUAUUCUCUCUUUUUUUUUCUCAGAUGAUGAUCCAAAGACAAACACUGAGCUGUCCGGUGCAGCAGGGGGCGCUGCAGCCGAGCCGUCCACCUCUCAGCCUCAGAGGACUGAAGAGAUGAGGGAGAGGACGGCCGGAGAGACGAGCAUGUCGAAGGUUCUCAGAGAGGAUGUCAGACUGAAAAAGAAAUAAUCCAGAAAGAUCUUCAUGAUUAGAUUUUUUAUAUAAGUAUCUGCUUGUAAUUUGUUGUCUUCAUGGUUACUCAAUGGGAAUUUUACUCAAAAACUUUGUUAAAGUACCAAAUUGAGGAACUUUAGACUUUUCAUGCAACGUUCAGUUUUUACAUAACUGCAUAAGAAUCUGCGAAAUCAAAACAGUGAUAAUGAAACUUCUUUAGUGUUUCUGAUGUGAUGAAGAGUUCAGACCUCUCGUAAAUCUGUAUUUAUUCUCCUGUAUUCUUGUUUGACUCUAACCCUGCAGACAGCAGCAGGCGGGUCGGAGGGCUCAGAGGGGAGGCCUGAGGACGAGAGCGGUGAUGAGGAGAGCAGUGACUCCAGCGACAGUGAGGACGAGGAUGGAGACAAAGAGGAAGAAGAGGAGGAGGAGAACGAGCCGUUGUCUUUAGCGUGGCCUGAAACCAGAAAGAAACAGGCGACGUAUCUGUUCCUGCUGCCCAUCGUGUUCCCUCUGUGGCUCACGCUGCCCGACGUCAGAAACCCGGUGAGUGUGAAGAAAUUCCAGAGUUCAGUCGAGUCAAAUGUUUGUCACAUCUCAGAGUUAAUUUUUGUAAAACCAAAAGACCAAAUAUCUGCAGCAUUGUAGACAUUUUUAAUAUUUCCAGGCGUCAAAGAGAUUUUUCAUCAUGACGUUUGUCGGCUCCAUCCUGUGGAUUGGAGUUUUCUCCUACCUGAUGGUUUGGUGGGCUCAUCAGGUGGGUUUUUAUUUCAUACAUAUUUACAUGAACUCUGACUCUGAUUAAGUUUUGGACCAACUCCUCCUCAGACAGCUCUUACUCUAAUUUGUCUUAUUCUUGUUUUGUUGUACAGGUGGGCGAGACUGUGGGCAUCUCAGAGGAAAUCAUGGGUCUGACCAUCCUGGCAGCCGGGACGUCGAUCCCUGACCUGAUCACCAGCGUGAUCGUGGCCCGGAAAGGUUUAGGAGACAUGGCCGUGUCCAGCUCAGUGGGCAGCAACAUCUUUGACAUCACUGUAGGGUAAAUCUGAACCAGCUCUAAGCUUAAAAUGAGGUUUAAUUAAAGAAAUUAAAUAUAUGAAAUGAUUUUAAAGGACAGAUAAGACUGGGUAAGAAAAGUCAGAGGACCUAACAUUAAACCCUGAGGAAUACCAAAAGUGAUAUUUCUUUAUCUUUAUAUUAAAACUUAAAAAAAAAUCCUGAAAAAAAUGUCUUUCUGGCAAUAAAUCAGACGUAAACCCAAGAACUUCUUACUGUGAGGCAACAGUGCUAAACUACUACACUACAGGAAUGUUCCUGUUGUGGUGAUUCCAAGAUAAAUAUGUCACAGGAUAGUAUGAUCAAAAAUGUCAUGGUUUUGUAAGGUAAAAAUAUAAUAGAUAAGUUUAAUAAAAAGGUCAUAUUAAAAAUAUGGUAAAAAAAUGUCAUAGUAUAGUGAGAUAAAAAUUUCACACUUUGGUAUAUAAAAAAUGUCAGUAUAGUAUAACAAAAAAAAUUACAGUAAAGUAUAAUAAAAAACAUAUGAUAGGAUGAUAAAAAUUUCAUAGUAUAGUAUGUUUCAAAAUCAUAGGAAAGUAUGAUAAAAUAUCAUUGUAUAGUACAAAAAAAUAUAGAAUAGUAUGAUUAAGAUUUCAUAGUUUAGUAUGACAAAAAAAUUAUAGUUUAGUUUAAUGAAAAAAAAAACAUAGUAUGAUAAAAAGUCAUAGCGAGAUUGAAAUAUCAUAGUAUAGUAUAAAAAGAAAUCACACCUUAGUAGGUUAAAAAGAUCAUGUUGAUAAAAAUACCGUAGUAUAACAAGAUAAAAACAUCAUAGUAUAGUAUGAUUUAAAAAAAAAACACAUGACAUUACAUUAAAAAGUGACACAUUAUUCUAGUAUAGUACAUUAAGAAUGUUAUAAAAUAGUACGAUCGAAAUGUCAGUAUAUAGUAUAGCAAAAAUAUUAAGGUAUAGUGGGAUAAAAAAAGUCAUAGAAUAUUAUGAUUUAAAAUCAUAGUAUAGUAUGAGAAAAAACAUUGUAUAGAAUGAUAAAAAUGUCAUAGUAUGGUAAAAAAAAAAAUCACGGUAAAUUAUGAUUAAAAUGUCAUAGUAGAGUAUUAUUAAAAUGUCAUAGUAUGACAAAAAAUCAUAGUAAGUUAUAAAUAAAAUGUUAUAGUGGAGUAUAAAAAAAUAAGUAAUUCCUGAUAUUUCAGUAGGGCUCUCACCUGCUGCUAACAGUUUCGCCUCGGGCCCUGAUAAAAUGUAUGUGCGAUGUGAACCUAACCAGACCUUGUCUUCUCUCUGGUUCCAGUCUGCCCGUCCCCUGGCUCUUGUACACUCUGUUACACAAAGGCGACCCUGUUACCGUCAGCUCCAACGGCCUGUUCUGCGCCAUCGUGCUGCUCUUCCUCAUGCUGCUCUUCGUCAUCAUUUCCAUCGCCGCUUGUCGCUGGAAAAUGAGCCGGAUGUUGGGACUCACCAUGUUCGUGCUUUAUUUUGUGUUCCUGGUCCUCAGCGUCCUGCUAGAGGAUCGAACCCUCACCUGCCCCAUCUCCAUCUGA